AUGUCUUCUUGGAACGUUAAAUUCACUUUUAUGAUUUUAUUAUUGACAAUUUUUAUGUUUGUUUAUUACCUUCCUGUUACUAAUGGCAUUGUUAUUCCCAAAGACUUUACGAAACAUCAGGCUAAAUUGAAAAUUUUACAACGCGCUUCAGAAGAUGAUCCUUAUGAUAUUAAAAAAGUUUGCGGAGGUUUCCGAUUUAAAUCACCUCCAGCAAAUGGAACAAAUGAUGAACCUCUAUUUUUCAAAAAUGGUACAUAUAUCACGUGUAGUUGGGAAAAGGAACCAAGUUCUCAAGUGAACAAAGUUUUGGAUGUUGAAUUGUUUACGAACGAAGGUCUUAAAGCAAUUUUAUUGAGUAAAGAAAUUCCUAUGCCAAGUACUCAAAGCGAAGAUGUUCAAGUUUUUUUAAAUGUUCCACCUGGAAUGAUGUUACCGCAAAAAUUUUUGUUAAGAAGUUUCGCGGGUACUGUGAAUGGUCCUCAUUGUACAGCAUAUACGUAA